AUGGUGGUGUGCGACCCCUUGCACCGGCGGUGUCUCCUGCUUCCCCCAAUCCCCGAUGACCUAGCCGCUUCGGUCGUUGACCAACUCCUGAUAGAAGGGCAUUGCUUCGCCGAGACCUUCCUCGUCCCUCCCAGCAACGGCGACGAGGAGGCAGCAGCUGCCACGGAGGAGGAGGGGACAUCAUUCAGGGUGAUCUGGAUGGUGCUGUUUGAAGCUAAACUCGUGGCCGCUGUCUUCUCUUCCGGCACAGGGAAAUGGCGAGCCUUUUCAAGCGAUUUGUUGCCGGGCUUCGUGUUAUCGACAUGGAUGGUUCUCUUCGUGUCGCGCCAUUACGCCCAUGGCUGCUUCUACUGGGUUUCAGGUUCAACUGAAAAAUUGCCGGUGCUUGACAUUCAGAGGAUGGAAUUCUCCAUGGCCGACCACCCACCCGGUGCCAGACAUUCGGGCGAUGAUGUGGCCAUCGUGGAGGCAGGCCAAGGCAUGAUUCGGAUGUUUGUGCCUAAACCCGACACAUCUCGCCUUAAGUAUAACGUUUGGCGAAACAAUGCUGGGAUUUCUAUCCAGUGGCAGAUGGAGAAGAGGACAUUCUCGCUGGAUUCCGGGUCCUUGCUCACGGGUGCGGUGGGGAGGCACUUGCUCCUAUAUCAGUGUGGAAGCUCGUUGGUCAAGUCAGGUGGUUUCACGCUGGACGUCGACACAUUACAGUGUGAGAGGGUGUGCGCUUCUUUGCCCAAACCAUCUCACAUAUACUGCAACUUCCCACCGUCGUUAUUAGCGUCACCGACAGUGUCAAGUGCCAAACCCCAUGCUGACGUCCGGGGAGAGGGGGGCGCUGUGCGGGUGCCUGAACUACAAGAAGCCGACCCUGGAGGCGUGGAAGCGCACGUCCUCGCAGCGGCCACCCAAGCUCCAAACCCCUUGUUCGUCGGCGGCAACGAUGCCGAGGCGGGUUGUGGUGGGCGAGGAUGCGCUGGGGAUGGACCUCCGGAGGGUGCAGGGGCGGGUGGCGUAGCUCGAGAAGGCGUGCAAGGAGGCGAGGGACGUGCCGGUACCAGGGUGUCGAGGAGGACGGCUGCGGCCAAGGGCAACAAGUCCUUCAGCUGGAGGGGCUGCUUGCCUUUUUGGAUGUGA